AUGAGUAACCGCCAUCUGCCGGCUGGGCAGAAUAUACAGGGAGGAGCUGGAGGUGCUCACGGCGCCGAUAUGGUCGGCGGUCCCGGAGGCUCUCGUCGGAGGCAGCCUCCUCCCUUUGUUCCCCAGUACCAGCAGCAGCAACAUCAUCAUCACCAGCACAUGAACCCCAUGUAUGCCAACUACAUGCCCUACGGCCAGCAGCAGUAUUAUGGAUACCCGCCGCAAUACCAAGGAGGUCAUUAUCAGAACGCACAGUACCCCAAUGCGCAGUAUCAGGGACAAUACCAAGGUGGACAGUUCCAGAAUGGCCAGUACCAAAAUGCACAGUACCAUAACGCCGGAAUGCCCUCACCUGGCGGUUAUAACAUGCCUUACCAGCCGCACUUCGCUCGAUCGCCGCCCGCUAUGCACCAAUACGUCCCCAUGUCUGGUGUGAGCGUCCCUCCUAGCUACCCACCCCGCCCAGCUCAGCAACAAUCUCCUGCUCUGCCGAAUCCCUACCAGCCUCCUACUGUUGUUUCUUCGACCUCAAUUCCACCCCAGACUCCCACUUCAACCCACUCGUCACAGAUAAUUCCUACCCCAACUCCCCCUGUUCCGCAGGAGACUGAGCCAGCACCCCCCGCUCCUGUUGCCCCCGCCGAGCCUCCGCGAGAGCCUUCGCCCGCUCCCGUUGCCGCACCAAAGGGACCCUUCAUUGCACCUCUGCCCUGGUUCUCUCAUCCCGAUGAAGAUUUCCCUGUCAGAACUACAAAGUCUGGACGAUGGAAGAGGCGUCUCAAUGCUGAUAGUGCGGAUGUCUCCCUGCCCACUAACAAUGCUGCUGCCACUACGACAGAGCAGACUCCGACAGAGCAGACCAGUGUUCCCGAAGCCAGCUCUACAGAGCCCUCAGUGUCGGCCCUUACCCCCGCGACAUCAACAGCUCCAUCUGAGGCUGCGGCAACCCCUCGCCAAGCUUCUGAGACCCCCGCCGCACCUGUCCAGCAACGAUCGCGCACCAACACGGCCACCAGUGCUACCUCGACUGCGACGAACCGACCUGCUACCCGAUCCUCCGCUGUUCCCGCUCCUGCUCUUCCAUCGCUUCCUAAGGCGAGCCCCAAGGAUGCUAAGCCUGCGCGUGCUGAAAAGCCGACAAACGGCGACGUAGCAACCGAAAGCGCCCCCGAGGAAAAGGUCGCAGCUGAGGCUUCUGAGAAGCCUGCGGAGGCGGAGCAAGUCGCUGCCGAACCUGCUCCUGCUGUCAAGGCUCCUCCUUCUAGCUGGGCGAAGCUCUUCUCGAAGCCCGCUUCUGCGGUUGCCGGAAAGACUGAAGGGGCCAAUGGUGCCGCUCCCGUUGAACCUGCGGUCAAUGGACACGGUGCUGAGACUGCCGCUGGACCUACGAACGGCGCUGCCCCCAGCUUCUCAAAAGUCAACGCAAACUCUGUUGCGGAGGCUAUUCACUCAUUCCAUGUUGGUCUCGCUGAUCAAGUUUCGUUCCUCGAACCUCGAGGCCUGAUCAACACUGGAAACAUGUGUUACAUGAACUCUGUUUUGCAAGUUUUGAUGUUUUGUUUGCCAUUCUAUGAUUUCCUGAGCCAGAUCAGCAAGCGCGCUGUUCACAGCUUCAAGAGCGAUACUCCUCUUAUCGAUGCAAUGAUCAUGUUUAUGCAUGAGUUCAAGACCAUCAAGUCAGCUGCUGGCGUUGAUCCUUUACGCAUCAUUUUGAAGAAUGAGGAGCUUGAGCGAUAUGGCGAGCCUUUCACUCCCGAAUUCGUCUACGAAGCCAUAAGACAACUUCCACGAUUUGCUAGUAUGAGGCGGGGUCAUCAGCAAGAUGCCGAGGAAUUCCUUGGUUUCCUUUUGCAGUCACUUGAUGACGAGUGCACUACAGUUCUCAAGAACUUUACUCCCGACCAAGCGGACCGACGACCCAGCACUGGCUCAGGUGCAGGUGGUGCCGAUGACUGGUUGGAAGUUGGCAGAAAGCAGAAGGCUGCUGUCUCUCGACUUUCGGGCUCUAACUCAUCCAGCCCUAUUUCCAGAAUCUUUGGUGGUUUGUUGCGAUCUGAGUUCCGUGUCCCUGGCCUGAAGGAUUCCAUUACUACCGAGCCUUACCAGCCCCUUCAGCUAGACAUUGGAUCAUCAGAUGUGCGCAACGUUGUAGAUGCGCUCCGGGGUCUUACUCGCCCUGAGCGCCUUCAAGGAGACUUCAACUCUCCUCGUGGCAAAGAUGUUACGGCUACGAAGCAAGUUUUCAUCGAGUCACUUCCCCCUGUCCUCAUCCUGCACCUCAAGCGCUUCCAGUUUGAUGCAGAGGGCAAUGGAACUGUUAAAAUUUGGAAGAAGAUUGGUUACCCUCUGGAGUUGGAAAUUCCCCGCGAGGCCCUGUCUCGGCAGAAACGCCAGACGUUGGGCGACGAUGGAAUGCCCAAGUACAGGCUGAUUAGCGUAGUAUACCACCACGGAAAGAACGCCAGUGGCGGACACUACACUGUCGAUGUGCGACGGCAGGAGGGACGCGAAUGGAUCCGUAUCGAUGAUACAGUCAUUCGCCGAGUUCGAAGCGAAGAUGUUGCCGAGGGUGGCGAGGAGGAGGAUGUGAAGGACACACGCAAGGACGGUCCUACAUCAGGCAACCGAUUCGGUGCCGUUCAAGAUGAGGACGCUGGAGAUGAUGACGGGUGGAGCAAGGUGACAAGCCCUGCCGGAGGAGCGAAGAAAUGGAGCAGUGUUGCCAACGGUACGAAUGGCGUUACCAAGCCUGCCAAACAGAUCAAGGACAACAUCAAGGACAACAAGGUUGCCUACCUGCUCUUCUACCAACGAGUAUAA